AUGAAAUUAAUAGUAUCAUUAUUAAUUAUUGUUUUAAUAUUCAUCACCGGUAGUUUAUGUAUACCUAAUGGUAGUAUUUAUAUUUCACCAACAAUGAAUAAUGAAAUAUGUGAAUCAAACUUUAUUGCUGGUAUUGGUUACAGUUUGCCAUAUGAAUCAUGUGUUAACUUUGGUAAUAGUAGUGUUUACACCAGUGGAAAUGGUCUUAGUUUUGAUGUAUAUUGGAUGGAUAAUUGCCAAUCUAAACAAAUUUUGGUCAAUUAUACUUUUGCUAAUUUUGGUUGUUCUAAUUUCUAUGUACCAAACAGCCCAACAUUCCAAAGCAUUGUUUCAUCUGAAGGUGUUCCACCAAGAAAUGCUCUUGUUUACACUUAUUAUUACAACUCUAAAGAGGGCGAAUGUUCUGGAGAUAGUUAUUAUAAAUAUUAUACAAAUCAAUAUGUCUUACCAUUAGAAAAUGGUAAAACAGUUGAAUAUACCUGUGUAAAUAAUUUUCCAAUUGCCCGUACAUGUCAAAAUUUAAAUUGUCAAGAUACUGAUUAUUCCCUUGGUACUUGUAAUAAUGCAGAUAGCAAUAACCCAUAUCCAUACACUAUAACAUGUUCAAAUACUCCACCACCACCAUUUGGGGAUGAAAAACAGCCAAGAAUAUCUUUUAAUUUCUAA